AUGGUGCUCACUCAAGCUCAACAGAUUGCACUCAAUCAACUUAGCAAGGCCUGUGAUAUCAACACUGCAGGCGUAAUUCAUCCUUAUCCUACGAGAAUUCCACAACCAAUGGCCAACCCUCCACCACAGACGAGUUUUCCAGCCUACAACGUCGGAUACGACAUCAACAACCCCCCCGCAACCAUUGCUCAACAGAUUCCCCCUGCACCAGCAGGCGGUGCUUCAGGUGCUCAUCCCUACCAAGCACUCUCAGAGCAGAACUUGCAUCCUCUUCUUUUUCAGAUCGAGCCAUAUCCAGAAACCGAAGCUUCUGUACCGCUGCUCGUCGACAGCCAAACCAAUCAACCUGUCUUUGGUAGAGAUUCUACUAGACAACUUCGAUUUUUCUCUUUCCUUCCGCGCUGGAUCGAUGUCAAUGUUCACGGAGAGCUCGUGGAAUUGUGGUUCCGUCUUGAGCCACGACUGCAACUAUCAGACAUCAUUGAUCGCCUUAACGUUCCUGCAACGCAGAAGAUCCCGAAUUCCAACGCAUUUAACAUGAGGCGCAUGCGCUUUCGAGCUCUGCUCUUUGUCCCUCCAUUCCUCCCAGGCAGGAACCGACCUUUGAGGGGAGACGUCGAAUUGAUUGGCUUCAUGGCCAAAGAACAAAUCCUUCUAAACACCGCGAUGAUGAUCGAUCUUCGCAACGAAAGACUCCUCAAGCCCGUCAUCAGAUUGGGCCAGAUUACUGGAUAUGUGGAUGCCAAUCUUCCCAUCGACCACUUCAUCAGUGGCUUCCCCGUCCCUGUCAUGGUGCCUUCCAGUAGGCAAAUUGUUACCUUGUCUCUUCGGAGACGCUUACAGCACCUCGCGUCCCUCAAGGGACUUGGAAACCUGGCUACCAACUAUCUACAGUUGGCAGACGCCGACCUGCCAUCAUGGUGGAUUGGCAGUGGGGCGUUGCCGCGCCUAAUCACAGAGAUAGACGGGGUCACGCAUGGCGCGUUUGUAGACAACCUCCUGAGGCAGUUCCCCGGAACUGCUAGGACGGGCGUCCAACGACAAGUCAUGGCGGUUGGCCCUGCUCCUGCUGUUGUGGCGGCACGCCCCGGCCGUCCAGGGACGCGAAGUGUUGCGCGUGGUGGUGUUUUGUCUGGCCAUGUUGGGCGUGUUGGUGCUCGCCAGCGGAGACGCUAG